GGUUUUAUUUAGUUUAGAGUUUUACGCUUCACAGGUUGGAUCGUCGUCUACGUCGUCAGCUCGUCACGGAUUUGAUUCGAUUUUAAACUGCUACAGCCCAGCCUAACAAGCAACCAGCAGAGGCCAAUUAGGUGAUACGUCAAGCAUUUAGUCAUCCGAAUUCCACAACCAGUGGCGCAUAAUUCCGAGUUUUGUUAACUGAAUCAGUAUUGUUCGAGAACAAUGUCCUGGUAUUAUACGCCCAAGCCAACCGUGGUCCCAGCGGUGAACUUCGAUGCGUCGGCCGACGCCAAUGCUCUGAGGGCCGCCAUGAAGGGCUUCGGAACCGAUGAUCAAGCCAUCAUCGACAUUCUGUGUGCCCGAAGCAAUGGCCAGCGGUUGCAAAUUCUCGAGACGUACAACAACGAACUGGGACGGGAUCUUAUCGAAGAUCUCAAAUCCGAGCUCGGUGGCAAAUUCGAGGAUGUCAUCGUUGCCCUGAUGAUGCCACCGGAGAAAUAUCUUUGCAAACAGCUGCACAAGGCCAUGGACGGAAUCGGUACCAACGAGGGUGCUCUGAUCGAGAUUCUUGCUCCACAAACGAAUGAAGAGAUCAAGAAAAUCGUCGAUUGCUACGAAGAGAUGUACGAUCGUCCCUUGGCUGAACAUUUGUGCAGCGAAACGGACGGUAGCUUCCGACGGCUGCUAACGAUGAUCAUUGUCGGAGCAAGAGAUCCCCAAGGAACGGUUGAUGCGGAUUUGGCCAUAGAACAGGCUAAUCAGCUGUACAACGCCGGUGAAGGCAAAUUUGGUACCGACGAGGAGGUUUUCUACAAAAUCCUGGCUCACGCCAGCUUCGAUCAACUGGAAAUAGUUUUCGAAGAAUACAAGAAAUUAUCCGGUCGAACCAUCGAGCAGUCCUUGAAGGAUGAACUGAGCGGAGAGUUGUACGAUGCGCUCAGUGCCAUUGUGGAAUGCGUCCAGAUGGCACCGCAUUACUUCGCGAAACGUUUGCACAAGGCAAUGGACGGCGUUGGAACGGAUGACGCAAGUAUGAUUCGCAUCAUUGUUUCACGCUCGGAGCUGGAUCUUCAGAACGUCAAGGACGAAUACGAGCAAAUGUACAACAAGACGCUGCUGAGUGCCGUACGGGGUGAGUGCUCCGGCGACUACAAGCACGCUCUCUGUGCUCUACUCGGAGAAGCCUAAACGGACGAAUGAAGUAAUCUACCCUUUACCGGAUAUGUAAUCAUGCAUGAUGGUGUCGAAUACGAACGUUUUACCCGUUUUAAAUUAGGAUCGAUACAUAGUUUUAUUGAUAUACUCUACUAAUGAUGUGAAAACAACAUUGUAUCCAUGUUGCACAAACAACGCAGUAACGCGCACCUUUUAUUAUUAAUGUGUUAUUUUCUUUUGACUAAUCAGACAUCAGGAUAUUAGAAGGAAACAGCAUUUUAGUUACAAUAAUCCCGAUAAACAGUUCGAAUUGAUUUGAACAUCGUAUUGAAACGAAUCUCAGUUGUAGCAGUGGAAAUUAUUCUCAGUGUGCAAUGGCAAAAAUGGUGCCCAAAACGGAAAUAUUAGGCGGCCUUAGCAAAGAAAAGAAAAAAACAAAAGCUUAUCGCAUCGGUCAAACCUAUAAAUUAUUUACCUAGCUGCUUCACUAUUCGUCAAUGUAACGUGACGUUGAAUAAAUUAUUCAUUGAAAAAGCGACGCUUUCGCUUUGAGUGGA